CACAGACAGAGUCACGGACCCGUAAUGGACGCUGCGGUUCCUACGUACGAUGCUAACUCGACGAGCAGCACCAGCAGGAAGCAGAGGCCCAGAGUCACCCCGGCCGACCCGAUGCAUCACAAUGCAGACCUGGAGACACUUAAUGCCAGAGGACCUGCUGUGGAGCAGGAUCUGUCCCUGACCAGCGCCCCCUGUCCCACAGACAGCGGAGGCACCAUCCUACUGCAGCUGCUGCAAUUUAAAACCCAUCUACUCGAGGCGGUGGAGGAGCUGCAUAUUCGGAAGGAUGCAGAGACGCACUUUGAGGAUCAGAUCAGUAAACUGGCGUUGGACAAACAGGAGCUGGAGUGGGAGAAGGAAUCCCUACAGCAUCAAAUCCAAACAGUCGUGCACCAGCACACUGAGUCACUCACCAAUGUUAGGAAGCAGUUUCAGGCCAAAAUCAGAAUCACUGAGGAGGAGAAGGGGAAAUACCAGGUCAGUGCCGAGUUAAAGGACAAGGAGAUUAACAACUUGAAAGAAGAACUGAGGUCGCUACAGUUGCUGAAGUACAACUUGGAGAAGAAAUCAAAGGAGCUGGUGAGGAAGGAUCUUCCACUCGAACACAAACCGUUGACAAGAGGAUCGGAACAGAAACUGUCGCUGCAGAGCAGGUUGAAGGACAGCCACCUGAACCAGCUGGGGGAGGUGGAGAAACGAUUCGGUGCUCUGUCCAGGCAGUGUGCCAUGGUCAGGCAGGCCCACGAGAAACUAGAGCAAAAUGUGGAUGAAGCCAUGAGAAUCAAUAAGAAACUGACUUCUGCAAAUGAAAAACACGAAGCAACCAUUGUGUCACUGAGGAAGGAGUUGGCGGAAGCGAACAACAAGCUGAUCAAAGCCAAGACGACGUCGGUCAGACGCGACGCGAGCCACGUUCACACGGGCAAAGAGCAGCACAUAGAGAAACUGCAGCAGAAACUGAGCAUGGAAACUGAAAUGAACAAGAAACUCGGGGAGGAGAAUGUCGCUGUAAGAGCAGAGAAGCAGGAGGUGAUGAGGUCACUGCAGCAGAACCAGCAGCUGCUGCUGAGUCAGACGCAGACGGUGAACCGAGUAGAGCGGGAGCUGCAGACGCAACGAGAGCAGAACCAGGUCGCCCUUAAGCAGGAACACGAAGCGAUGCGAGACAAAAGCAAGGCGGCGGAGGAUAAGGCGGCCCGGCUGAUGGAGAGCUGCGCCGCCGCCGAGACGAGCUGGGACAAAGAGAAGAAAAUGCUCCUGGAUCGUAUAGAGACGGAGCAGCGAGAACUUCAGGCAGCGAAAGACGCUCAUGACGAGCUUCAUCAGAAACAUGCUGAACUGUCCUCACAGGCCGUAGUGCAGGCGCAGCACAUGUUUGAAUUAGAGACGAGAACCAGCCGUCAGAGCCGCCUCCGUGUUUCAACCCAGCUCUUCCCUCCUGACGAACCCACCUCCAGCUCUGAGCUGCCGCAGCACUCGGCCUCCUCUCAGGCCCAAAACCCAGACCGUCCUGACGACACAGGAGCAACUGGAGGAGAAGAAGCCUCCAACCACCAUCUGCAGUCUGAAUUAAAACAGCCCAGUAAUUCUGGAACAACAGGCACUGGCACCAAUAUAUUGAACGAGUGCAUAAAGAAUCCUUUUGUAGUUUCAGAUUCAAUUCGUACGGCCUCCUCUGUGUCUGAUGAUAAUUUCCCGAUAAGCAAAGGGAGCUGUGUGAGCGGCACUGAAGAAAAGAACGUAGUCGAUGAAGAAGAAGGGAACACGGGGAUGAGUGAGGAAAAACAUGGAGGGGAGGAUGAUGAUGAGGGACAAGAAAGGAACAACAGAAAAGAGGAGGAGGGGAACGCAGAGGAGCUCUGGAACGGAGGAGAAGACGCGAAAGAGGGAGGAAGAGCUGGAGAGAAGGGAGGAACGCCGACGAACCCAACAACGGGUUCGGCAGUCGGUCGAGAGGACACUCGGGGGUCGGCAGAGGACACCAGGAACCCCCAAACUGAAACGAGAGAUAGAGCCGAGGGACGAGGGACAGACGGAGCAGAAACACAGAUACCGGCCCAGACGACCACUGAUUACACGGCGGAGAGGAGCAACACACUUCAGGUCGUUGACUUCGCGGACACUGAGCCACUGCUGGUCGUCUGCGAGCAGGACGCCGACUCCCGCCAUGAGGACGAAGGACAGUUGCUCCGCAGCUUCGGUUCUGACGAUGUGCUGCGUGUCGAUCACAAGCCUAAAUCUGCCACUCAAGUACAGAACCAAGUACAUGAAACGUGUCGUAUUCAAGCGAGUGAAGAAUCAGUGAGAACAUCGGUCGAAAAACCACAGAGUCAGGAGAUGUCCGAGCUUCAGUCUCUGACGACUGAGGAAGACGAUGCUGAUUCUAGUGCGAAGGGCAAGUGUCAAGUGUCAAAUGUGGACACAAAACAUGAAAACUGUGACGGUGAGAGUGUCUGUGUGGACGUCACGAUGGACUCUGGAUGUGAGGAGACGUCUGGCAGUUGUCAGGACCAAAUGAAAAAUGACAAAACAGACGACGCAGGAGAUCCAGAGACCAACAACAGGGAGACUGACGUGAACGUGUCCGUCGCUGCAACUGUAUCCAGGUCCUCAGUCCUGCAUCAGUUUGUUCAGGGAUCCGAGUCAAACACGAGUGUUUCCUGUGGACGCCUCCGAAUUCCUCCAAGCAGAAAACCCACGUUCCCCAAAAGCAAACCCUGCAAAGUCCCCUUGGUGAUCACCAAGACGUCGGCUCUGCUCAAUCCCUCCGGCGUCUCCCGGACGCUGGGAGAGUGGAACGCUUCGGGAGACACGGUCAGUUACAGAACCCGUGGUGAAGUAAGAAUCCACUCAGGACAAUGUUCAUAUCCAGAGCGGAGAGCUUCUCUGUCCAUCACUUCUUUUCCGGUCCCUGUCUCCUUCAGCACAGUCAGUGGACUGUCAUGGCCGACCACUCCAGGCAGAGCUCCCACCUCUGGUGCAGGUCCAGUGUCUCACUCUGACUCGGAACCGUCCUGCUCUCAGGAGAGAGAAGAGCAGCAGGCGUCGUUCAGAGCUCAGAUCUCCAAGAUCGAGGAGUUCCUCAACACGGAGCGACUCCGUCUGCCCAAACGACGAAGAACUGACAACUGAACCGACAAAACUCCAAAAGUUGCUCAUCAUUAUCAAUGAGACCCCAUGCUCAAAGCGUGAUCGUCUUGGAAUUCUGAUGAUUGUUUUCUGGCUUCUAAGUUCUGAACGAUGUUUCUUUAAUGAUAAAAAAAAAGAAGAACAAAAACCUGCAGAAACAGAACUGAAGACAUUGUUGGUGAGUCGGAUGUCUGCGUAUAUACAUCAGGAAACGACGGAGGAGAGUUUGUAGAUGACACGCUCGACACAUCUUGACCCCAGACAUACAGAUUCAAACAGAGUCAUUACAGGUAAGACACCGUCAACUACUUGUCUGUACGUGUGAAAGAAGUUUCAGUUCAGAAGUUUCCGUCUGUAGACACAAAUGAAAAACUAGUUGUAGUAUAGCAGGUUUAGAUGUUCUCAAAGAUUUGACUUUGACUUUAUAUAUGAAUUCCUCUUUCCUUUCAGCUAUAUAGCUGCAUAGAUUAUUAGCCUAUUUAAUGCCCGUUGGCAUUACUGUUUAUAAAUAAUUUUGUUCAGGACAUUUUGUGUAUUUGUUAAUGAGCAGGGAACGAGGUUAUUUUUUUAUUCCCCUGGAUGUUAAUAUAUAUUAACAUACAGUGAAUGUUUAACAUACAGUGUACAGUGGAUUAUCCUAUAUAGAAAAAAUAAAACGUGUAGUUUA